AUGAAGCGGUGUCUGCCCAAGGACCCGGCCGAGGCGAAGCACACGCCGCACUGCAGACACUGGAAGGAGGCGGUGUCGGCGCGGUGCUGCGGGAUGUGCUGCUGGAACUCGGCCCCGUCCUCCGUGGUGAAGCCGCAGGGCACGCACCGGAACACACUGUCGUCCUCCUCUGGAUCGGCAGCGGCGGCGGUGGCGGUGGGGGCGGGGGCUGCGGACGUGCGAGUUCUCUUGGCGGGAGCGGCCCCCUCCUCGCCGUCCUCGGAGCGGUGGUCUUCCUCCUCCGGUCCGGGCCGCGGUGCAGACGCUCCCUCGCCCUCCAGCUCAGAGGAACUGCCGUCAACUCCGGUCGCCGCGCGCUUCCUGGUCAUGGGAGGAGCCUGA